GGUAACCCACCAAACUUCUAUGUCUAUUUCAGACCUCUUUCUCUCUCUCUCUGUUUCCUCCUUGUGGUCCUUCCCUGCUCCCAAUCCUGAUUGGAUUUCUCUCUCUCCUCCAAUUUGCGCUUGAUUGUCGCUCAUCCCGUACUCUGCGUCGUUCACCAACUCUUGCACCUUCGCGGGACUUUCCCACGCCCUCGUGCCCCGAACCCAUUUCCUAGGGUUUGCUUAAUCUCUCCGUUGAUUGAAUUUAGGGCACAGGGAGAACGCCGGUGCGAUUGUUAUAUAGGCAUGAGCUUUCAGGAUCUCGAAUCGGGUCGUCCCUUGGCCUCAAGGCGAGACUACAUCAAUGGCAAGCAAGAUCCUACCCAAGCCGUUGCUUCGGGGAUCUUCCAGAUCAAUACCGCCGUGUCGACUUUCCAGCGCCUCGUCAACACCCUCGGCACCCCAAAGGAUACCCCCGAGCUCCGCGAGAAGCUACACAAGACUAGAUUACAUAUUGGGCAGUUGGUGAAGGAUACUUCUGCCAAACUUAAACAAGCUAGUGAAACAGAUCAUCAUGCUGAAGUUAGUGCCAGCAAGAAGAUAACAGAUGCUAAACUUGCCAAGGAUUUUCAAGCAGUUUUGAAAGAGUUCCAGAAGGCUCAGCGGCUUUCAGCUGAGAGGGAGACAGCUUAUAGUCCUUUUGUUCCCCAAGCAGUUCUUCCUUCUAGUUACACAGCCAGUGAGCUAGAUAUAAAUUCGGAGAAGAGUCCUGAGCAGCGUGCUCUUCUUGUGGAAUCUAGGAGGCAGGAAGUCUUGCUGUUGGACAAUGAGAUUGCCUUCAAUGAGGCUAUUAUUGAGGAAAGAGAGCAGGGAAUACAAGAAAUCCAGCAGCAAAUUGGUGAGGUGAACGAAAUUUUUAAAGAUCUUGCUGUGCUUGUCCAUGAGCAAGGAGCUAUGAUUGAUGAUAUUGGUUCCAACAUCGAGGGUUCUCAUGCUGCAACUGCACAGGGAAAAACACAACUUGCGAAAGCAUCAAAGACUCAAAGAUCAAAUUCAUCUCUGACUUGCUUGCUCUUGGUGAUAUUUGGGAUCAUUCUUCUCAUUGUGAUCAUAGUAAUUGCUGCUUGAUCAGAAGAUCCUCAAGUGGAUAGAGCGUGCAGUCCUGGAAUCUGCUUGGUGUUGAGAUUUUAUCGCCCUUGCUAAUUUGUUUGGUUAUGUUGGUUUCUGAGACAUCUGGCUGACUGGAGUGUGAGUUGGUAUAUAGCAUGGUUUUCGGGUUAUGAUAUUUACUUGCUCUUUUAUGGGUUGUGUAUGUUCUCCUUCUGUAAGUUUGUGUUUGGGUGGGUGUUUGGGGGCGGGGUUGGGGGUGUUUGCUUACAAUUUGUGUAAUGGUCCAUCUAUAUUUAUUUAAUAAAAAUUCAUAAUUCUUUUUUUGGUUUUCUUA